AACCAGAAAGAUUCGAGCCGGCCUGAACGAACUCUAAAACGAUACUCCUCCUCGUCUCCACUAUCGAAGAAAGAGAAAGACAUGCUUUUGUAGAGAGAGCCAGAGAAAGGGGGAGCUCUGUCUUCGCAGAGAUGAUUUGUUCAGGUCGAGUUUUGGCGGUUUCGUACCCGACGACGCCAUUCUUCCCGCUCAGUUACCGGUUCUCGAACUCGAGAUUCCUUGCGGGAAAGCUUAAGCCCAAGCACCGAUGGCGAUCGAUGGCGUCGGAGGCCGAGGGCUCCUCCUUCGCUCCUUCCAUUGAUUCCGACUUGCCCGACAUGAACGCCUCCGGGUUUUGUAUCAUUGAAGGACCGGAAACCGUGCAGGAUUUUGCCAAGAUGGAACUGCGAGAAAUUCAAGAUAACAUUCGCAGUCGGAGAAACAAAAUCUUUUUAAAUAUGGAGGAGGUCCGGCGGCUCCGGAUACAACAGAGGAUUAAAAAUGCUGAACUUGGAAUUCUAAAGGAAGAACAAGAAAAUGAACUUCCAAAUUUUCCUUCAUUCAUUCCAUUCUUGCCUCCAUUGACCUCAGCAAAUCUUAAGCAGUACUAUGCUAGUUGUUUCUCUCUUAUUGCUGGAAUUAUCAUUUUUGGUGGUCUUCUAGCACCUACUUUGGAGCUAAAGUUGGGACUUGGAGGCACAUCAUAUGCAGAUUUUAUCCACAGUAUGCAUCUGCCAAUGCAGUUGAGUCAGGUUGACCCUAUUGUAGCAUCAUUCUCUGGGGGUGCAGUUGGAGUAAUCUCAGCUUUGAUGGUGGUUGAGAUAAAUAAUGUAAAACAACAGGAGCACAAAAGAUGCAAGUAUUGUCUUGGAACCGGGUAUCUUGCUUGUGCUCGCUGUUCAAGCACAGGUGCACUUGUCCUUAUUGAACCAUCAUCGACAGUCAAUGGCAGAGAUCAACCCCUGGAACCACCAAAAACUGAACGGUGCUCAAACUGUUCAGGUUCUGGAAAGGUCAUGUGCCCUACGUGCCUCUGUACAGGGAUGGCGAUGGCCAGCGAGCAUGAUCCACGGAUCGAUCCUUUUGAUUAGAAAACCUGUUAUUAUUUUCCCGCCUAAUUCUAUCCUAAGAUGUAAAGUUUCCUGCUACAUUGGCAUGGUAAUGACAUGGUAGCACUCUUGUUGUAACUGUAUAUAAAAAGUGCUGAUAGCGCGACAAGAAUAAGCACACGUUUGUAAUUGUGGCUGUACCGCAAAGGGUCGACCCACCCUGUUUUCUAAGCAUAAAAUGAUAAAAUAUUAUUUGUUUCGAGAUUGAA